AAAUUCUAUUUACAAGGAGGAGAAAGCAUCGAGUUACAUUACAUGCUCUUUGCAAGGGGAAGAGACGAAUGGGGUACACAGGACCCUGAACACGAGAAUCAUGUCGCCCUUGUCAAUUUCUUUUCAGAGGCUGCUUAGAAACGCGGACAGUUUGCACAGACUGCCUGUGUCCUUAAACGCUUUGCACACGCAAGGCGGCGUAAGGAGUCGAUGCGACAGACCUCUUCGGUCGUGGAGACCCCGAUCUUGGCAGCACCGCUUCGGUGCGUUCGGAGCUUCAAGGAGAGCCGAGCCGGUCUUGGCUGCCUUGACACGGCGUUGCCGCCCCCAAUUUACGACGGCAACACUGUGCACCUCUUCUGACAGCGGUCAAGACAUGACCAACUGGCUGUGGUCCAUUUACAACGAGACCAAAAAACAGACCGAAGCAGAUCUGAUACCGAUACUAUCGAACAGCUUUGUGAAUCCGGACACCAUCUUCGCCAACAAUGAGAUGAGCCUCCAGGACACCGAGGUGUACGGCUUCGACUACGACUACACCCUGGCCUUCUACUCCAGCCACCUGCACACAGAGAUCUUCAGCGUCGCCCGCGACAUCCUCAUUCAGCAGCACAGGUACCCGGAGGGCCUGCGCGAGUACGACUACAUUCCAGACUUCGCCAUUAGAGGCCUGCACUACGACGUCCAGAAGGCCUUGCUGAUGAAGAUCGAUGCCUUUCACUACAUUCAGUUAGGGACGGUGUACAGGGGUCUUCACCCAGUGCCGGAUUCAGAGGUUAUUGCCUUAUAUGAAGGGUGCCAUGUGCCGCUGGAGAACAUGAGCGACUUCUAUGGCAAGAGCUCCCAUGGCCACACCAUGAAGCAGUUCAUGGACAUCUUCUCCUUGCCCGAGAUGACCCUGCUCUGCUGCGUCAGCGACUACUUCAUGAAGCACAACAUCGACUACGAGCCCGUCCACCUCUACAAAGACGUCAAGGAGGCGAUACGAGACGUCCAUGUGAAAGGGUUCAUGUACCGCGCUGUGGAGGCUGAUAUCGAGAAGUAUAUUUGCUACGCUGAACAGACCCACGCUGUGCUGAAGAUGCUCGCAGAAAACGGGAAGAAGAUGUUCCUGAUCACCAACAGCCCCUUCGACUUUGUGAACCGGGGGAUGAACUACAUCGUGGGGAAGGACUGGAGGGACUUGUUUGAUGUGGUUAUAGUCCAGGCCGACAAGCCCGGCUUCUUCAACGACAGGAGGAGGCCAUUCAGGAGGGUGACUGAUAAAGGGGUUUUGCUGUGGGACAGGAUACACUGCCUGGAGAAAGGGCAGAUCUACAAGCAGGGGAACCUGUAUGAGUUUCUUCGUCUUACGGGCUGGAGUGGGUCCAAAGUGCUGUACUUUGGAGAUCACAUCUACAGCGACCUGGCAGACCUGACGCUGAAGCACGGCUGGCGGACGGGGGCCAUCAUCCCAGAGCUGAGGAAGGAGAUCAAGAUCAUGAACACGGAGGAGUACGUCCACACCAUGAACUGGCUACAGAGCCUGACCGGCCUGGUGGAGCACAUGCAGGUGCACAGAGAUCCAGCCGCAGAAGCCGUAGUCCAGGAGUGGAUAAAAGAGCGGGAGGACAUCAGGUCGCGGACGAAGAACAUCUUCAACGCGCAGUUCGGGAGCCUGUUCCGCACCUACCACAACCCCACCUACUUCUCCCGCCGGCUCUCCCGCUUCGCCGACAUCUACAUGGCGUCCCUGAGCUGCCUGCUGCGCUACGACCUGCGCCACACCUUCUUCCCCCGCCGCAACCCCCUGCAGCACGAGGCCCCCUCCUGGCCGGACCAGGCCAGCGCCGGCGCCAUCAAAACCCCCUUCCAGGCCCAGAGGGCGCAGGUCACGUCCGAGUAGCGCCCCCCCUCCCCCCAGAGACGCCUCCGCUGGGCCUCGCAGCUGGAGCACCCUUAAAAUGGCCGCCGUUGUUGUGUUGUAGGUUUAAUACGCAGCUUAAUAAGCCCCUCCCACCGGGACUGUGGUGGCCGCCCAAUCAGAGACAGUCCUGGGGUUCCUCCAGCGCUUUUUGAUGUUGCCUAGCAAUCUCUGGGUGUUUUUUUAGAUUUGCCUUUUGUGACGUUAAGCGUUGGUAGUUUUCAGCACUCUGCUGGAAUUUGGAACACUUCACCUUUUAUUUGAGCGUGGGUAUGUUUUAUGCACCUGAGAAUUUGAGCACUGACGUGAGAAUGACUGCUCGUGUGUUACUGAAAGCUGAGUCGAGCGCUGCUUUGGUGGGGUGUGCCAAGGAUGCAGGCUGCAGCCCCUCCACACAAGACUGAAUUCAGCAUUCGGCUGAAACCAGGCGCACACAGCACUGCACUCAUUUUCCACAAAACACUAUUUAGGCCUCGUCCCAGAAGGCAAGCGAUGAUAAUACAGAAAGCAAUAAUGUGUUAUGAAUCAAGACGGACCAGAUGGACAAAUGAUUCAGGAGAGGGGGGCCCAGCCCGAAAGAGAGAGCCGUGUGUUAUUAGAGUUCUGCUGGGAAGUGGAAGAGGGAGAGGGAGAACAGAAGAAGAGCAGAAGACAGUAAAACACAGUUCUACUUUCCCAGCUCAGGGAACUCGUUAACCCUCUGAAGAGCAGGCUUUUUGGUGUGGUUUAAAAAACAAAUGUUCUAGAGGCCUCUAGAGGGCGCUGCAGACACACACAGGGGAUCAGGGGCUGCACACGUUCCCUCAACUUUAAUACUUAUUUGAGCUGAAGGUUUAGCUACGGUGUAGCCCUCAUUAAUGCUCCCUCGUUAGUGCUUCCUCGUUAGAAUGCAGCCAGCUGACAUUCUUUUUCUCACCACGACUGUAAACACGUAUAACAAACUGUUAAAUCUCCACACGCUUGGAAGCCAGUUAUUAAUGUAUGACAAUCUGACUACAUACGCGCCCUACGCACACCAAGAUCAAACCACAUGAGAUUCAAAGUCUGUUUUUCUAUAAUGAACUACACUCAUUUAUUAAUUUGUCUUAUUACUUUUAUGGUCUGUGUGGAGUUUUCGGAUUCAGAAUUACAGUUUGGAGUUGUGUAACCGAGUAUUUUAAUUAGCUGUUACUUUUUAAUGUGGUCCUGCUUCUUAUACAUGGGAACAGAAGUACCAAAAAAUUAGCACAUAUUAUUCCCUGAAAUAUAUCGCACCUACUGUAAAAUACAGCACCUUAGUCAACUUUUAAACCUGUUUAUAUGCUGUUUUUUAUUUUUAAAUCUUAAAAGGGAAAUGCUGACUCAUUGUACUACAUUUCACACAAGACCCUGGGGCUGGGAUGAGUAGUUUCCCAGGGGGGAUGACAUCACGGGGAACCAUGGUUACAGAGUUGUGUUUACAGUUCUCUGGAUCCACCUGUGCUCUGUUGUACUGUUUGAAUGUGUUCUGUAAUUAUUUAUUAAAAAUGCCUGACUCCUG